AUGAGCAGCAAAAGAGAAGAAGAAAAAAAUGAAAAGAUUAUUAGGGGUCUAAUGAAGCUCCCGCCUAAUCGCAGAUGUAUCAACUGCAACAGCUUGGGUCCUCAGUAUGUGUGCACAAAUUUUUGGACAUUUGUUUGCCUCAUAUGCAGUGGCAUACAUCGUGAGUUUACGCAUCGCGUUAAGUCUGUUUCAAUGGCCAAGUUUACUUCUCAAGAGGUGGAUGCACUUCAGAAAGGCGGUAAUCAGCGUGCAAGGGAACUGUUUUUGAAGUCCUGGGACCCGCAAAAGCAGAGGCUUCCAGACAAUAGCAAUGUUGAUAAAGUUCGUGAAUUUAUCAAGAAUGUUUAUGUUGAAAAUAGAUAUGCAACAGAAAAGUCGUCUAGCCGGCCUCCAAGAGAUUCACAGGUUAUUAUACAUAACCAUGGAGACGAGACGAGGCGUGCAAGUUCAUACCAUUCCUACUCUCAAAGCCCACCUUACGAUUUUCAGUAUGAAGAACGCCGUUACGGGAAAAAUGCACCUGCACUCACCAGAAAGCCCGGCUCAGACCGGGCCGUAUAUGAGGGAAAAUUCUCUAGCUUCUUGAGCCCUAGUCGUUUAAGUGGUGCAAAUGAGGGAUCAUAUCCUAGGGUUUCGGACUAUUCUGUUUCCAGUGGAGGCGAUCCAUUCAGACCUGAUGUGCCUAGUCCCCAGAGAGAAAUUGGGAGCCCGUCUAGUGAUACUUCAAGUCAUUUCUCACGCACUGGUAUCCACAAUCCAGAUGGAAAUAACAUAAACAAUGGAGGAAGGAGAACCACAUCUUCCGGUAGCUUUGGAUCGUUCGACUCCAUGUCUUUCAAGUCUGUAAAUUCUAUCGGCUUGCAAGAAGUUGUCUCUGAACCUGAGCAAUCCUUGGACAUGUUUCAUAACAAAACGCCUUCUUUUCCUUCACCUCAAAAUUCAAUUCCCACCACCUUCAACGGUUUAGACCUCUUUAGUGAACCCUUUGCACCUCAAAAUGUCACCUCUACACCUAAAACUCAUAUUCCGGAGCAGUCUUUGGCUAAUCCUGUUGAUUUAUUCCAACAAUCUUCUAGUCCUUCCGUGGCAACAUUCAGUGAGCUGCAGAAUCUCACAGCUAUACCAAAACAGCAGUCUGUUGCUUAUUCUGGAGGCGAGAAUUCUGAAUUGGUAAUGCCAAACAAUGGAGGAUGGGCAACAUUUGAUGUGCCUCAGAACUCACUGCCUGCGGGAACUGACAAUAACAAUACAAUCCCGUCCUCAAAGCUGUCCCCUGGUGGAAAUAAACAAGGAGUUGUUAACCCUUUUUCACUUGAUCAGAGUUUCUUGAAUCCAGCGUAUCAUGAACCUUCUGCUUCAAUGCCUGCAGUUUGGCGUGAUGGCCUGAAAAAUGUUGAACCUGCCAGAAAUAGCACCCCUUUGUGGAAUGCAUUUGAAGAAUUUCCUGGACAACAGACUAUUGAUGAUGUACCAAAGAAUAGUAAUCAAGCUGCAGUGCCUCAUGUUUCAGAUGCUAAUGAAUCUCAUGGGCUUGGUGUACACAAGGCUUUGGGUAUUGAUGGAAAUGUAAGAACACCAAACGAGGUUGGACCUCCUUCGUCUAGCUUGUCUUCGCAUUUCAAUAUGCCGGUGCAUAAUAUCUCGAUGGUUCCCAUAGUGACUGGAGCUCAUUCACUUGCAACCGGGCUGAAACCUACCAACCCAUUCGAUUUUGACCUUCCAUGUGAUGCUGCCUUGGACUCUAGCUGUAUG